CGGCGUCCAGCGGUCGCCGCCCUUGGAAGGCGGGCGUGCCCAGAUGGGCUGGCGCCAUCCGCGGAAAGAGCACGGCGGAUCGUGGCCUUCGGAACUCAAGGCGACUUGACGCCGAGCAGGAACCGCUGGCGAGCUUUCACGUUUCUGCACUGAGCCAACAUGGAUAUUGGAGGCAGUAGCCGGAUUCCGUAUGAUGAUUAUCCUGUGGUCUUCCUCCCCCCCUAUGAGAAUCCUCCAGCCUGGAUCCCCCCUCAUGAGAGAAUUUACCAUUCUGAUUACAACAACGAGUUAACGCAGUUCCUGCCUCGCACCAUUGUCCUGAAAAAGCCUUCGGGGGCUCAGCUGGGCUUUAACAUCCGAGGUGGCAAAGCUUCUCAGCUGGGUAUUUUCAUCUCAAAGGUGAUCCCGGAUUCUGACGCUCAUCGAGCCGGGUUGCAGGAGGGAGAUCAGGUCCUGGCCGUGAAUGAUGUGGACUUCCAAGACAUUGAGCACAGCAAGGCUGUGGAGAUCUUGAAAACAGCUCGGGAGAUCAUUAUGAGAGUCCGUUUCUUCCCUUACAAUUACCAGAGGCAGAAGGAGAGAACCGUUCACUAGACAUUCCAUCCCAGUUUCCACCUUCCCUUUGCAGAGAGCUUGCCAACUUCCAGCCAAUUCUCAUUUUUAAUUGCUUUUUGUAAUUCUGGGCUUUGUUAUGAAGCGCACUCUGUUAUAAAGCACACUCUUUUAUUCUAUUUUAUUUAUAAGUCCCACUGAGGGCCCAAAAAGUUUUUUGGGUGCCAAAAGGAAAAGAGAAAAGAGUUCCCCUCUGGUCAGAUGCAUCGUGGAAUCUCUACAAAGGAAGACAGAGCUAAAUUUUCAUUUUACUUCCUCUGCUUCAUGCUGUGGACCAAAAGAUGAGGGCUCUCCGACUGAUCCAGAAGGAGAUAUCGAUGGCUAAAGAUGCCAUGUCCCUGUGGAAUUGCAAUCCUUUUUUUUUUUGGUCUCCCAGAAUUGGAAGAGGAGCAACCAUCUGUCUCAAAAGGAGCAGAUCAGCUGUUUGGCUCAAAACUCUUGGACAUCGGAGGCCUGUGGGGCAGGCUCGUGGCACAGCCUGCCACAAACAUCUGCCCUGUGCCCUGUUGCUUUGAAAGGGGUGAUUCCGGUUCCCUUGUUCAAAGCAGGAAUGCUCCUUUGCCUCUGCUGUUGCAUAUGCUCUUCCAAAGUGGGAUUAGGGUUGUUUUCUUUCAGGGAAGAUGAUUACGUGGUGCUUCUGUCCUUUGUCAUUAAGGUGUUAAUGGAAGGGAGGUGCCUUCCUUAGCAAAGGAUUCACCUGCUUCCCCUCCUUUCUCUUUGGCCUUUGAUCCACCCAAAUGAGGGCAGCCGGAAAGGCCACCCCUGCAGACACACAGGGCAAGCAGCCAUAGAUUCCGGUGCUUGAAACUUGCAACACAGCCUUCGCAGAAACAGGUUUUUAAUCCUCCAAUGUCCGCUUUUGUCUGACUACUUCAAAGCUGAGUUGUCUUGGGACCUGCAACCUUCUGUGCCUUGAGUUUGAUUUUUCCAUCAUGGCCCUGGUUUUGGAUAAGUUUCCAUCUCUAAUAAAAUAUUCCUAUCACGC